UAAGAAAGAAAGAAAAAAGAAAAGGCGCCACUUGUCUCUCAGUAUCAUGUUGUAAUAUGUAAUUAUAAGAAUAAUAUGUUUGAAUAACGGUUUUGACGUUGUCCAUCUAAAGGAUCUUUGCAUAUAUAAUGGCAAAAAAAUAAUGAAAAAUGUUUCCUUGUCACUAUUACAAAAUCGCCGCCUCGUUUAUUUCCAUUUUAAGAAGCAGAACCUUGGCUUAUGAAUAUUAAUUACCUUACGUGAAUGACUGGGCGCUCGUUGGUUAGCACGUUAAAAGUAAUAUAUUAAUAUUCAUAAGAUCGGUCUGUCACCGCCCACACAGCCAAAACGAUCUGACAACCAAACGGAUUGUCUUCAUCCCGUUCUGACAAAUCUAUUCCGCGCAUCACACGUUCAUCCUCAUCGCUUGUAUAUCGCUAAGUUUGUACUUCCUGUCUGUCACAGCGACUUCCGCAGAUGGUUUGGCUUUUGUUGUGUAGUGACUGAAAGGGCGUGCGUUCAUGCAGGAGCACUUCAAACCCAACUCAUCAGGAAAAAAGGGAGUGUCGGCGCAUAAAGCAACGCCAACCAUCCACCAAAGCUUGCUUUGGACAAAAGGUUGCAAAUCCACACUCAGAAUGAGUUGCACGGAGCAAGGCGACGCUGGGAAGUUUCUGGAGAGGUUUCUGGAGGAGUUUCUAAACCCUCUUGGCACAGAGGAUCCGCUUCCCGUCACUCCACUUAGCCGCAAAGUCACUAUGCAGGAGGUGAAGGGAGAGAGUCUGGAUCUGGGCCUGCGACUGCUCUCAGCCAGGUCAGAUCAUCAUGUGUGUGUGUGUCUGUGUGACUCUGCAGUGUUGCAGUCUGAGCCGUUGCAGCGCCUCUUUAUUAAUAAAUUGAGAGAGGUGUGUUUGGCCUGGCAGAAACAGCUGCCCAGUCCCGGGUCGUCCUCAUCACAGACACACAGCUGCUCCGUUCACGCCAUUCGAAACACUCGCAGGAAGAUGGAAGACCGUCACAUCAUCCUGAGAGAGUUUAACCAGCUUCUGGGACUGCAGGAUGGUGUAGAUCGAGAGUAUUACGCUGUGUUUGAUGGACAUGGAGGGGUGGACGCUGCCACAUAUGUUGCCACUCACCUGCAUAUCAUACUGAGCCAACAGGAGGCGCUAAAAAGCGAUGCCGCCACAGCCUUCAAAAGCACCUUCACACAAACAGAUGACAUGUUCAAAAUCAAAGCUAAGAGAGAGCGUCUGCGCAGCGGCAGCACUGGUGUGGCGGCCUUACUGACCUCUGAUUGCCUGACCGUAUCCUGGCUGGGCGACUCUCAAGCUGUGCUGGUUCGACAGGGAGAACCAGUGACCCUAAUGGACCCACACAAACCUGAGAGAGAGGAUGAGAAGAAAAGAAUCGAAGAUCUGGGUGGAUGCAUCGCUUUCAUGGGUUGUUGGCGGGUAAAUGGGACCUACGCCGUUUCCAGAGCAAUAGGUGAUUUUGAUCAGAAGCCGUAUAUCUCUAACGAAGCUGAUUGCUCCUCGAUCCAGCUGAACGGGCAUGAAGAUUACAUUCUGCUUGCUUGUGACGGCUUCUUUGACGUGGUUCGGCCUGGGGACGUCCCGGAGCUGGUCCUGGAGGCUCUGAGGGAGACCGGAGGCUCGGGGGACGAUGUGGCCCAGGCUCUGGUGGCCCAUGCUAAAGCUGCUGGAUCCAGUGAUAACAUCACAGUUCUCUUGGUGUUCCUCAAGGAUCCGCAGCAGCUUCUGACCUACGAGACGAGUUCCAGAGCAGAGCCUGAAGGAGCUACGGCUGCAGCCACAGGGAUCUGAAAGGGGUUAACAGGAAGAAAUUUUCCAUGAUAGAACCAAAAUCAUCUGGAAUGAUAUUUUGAAAGAGUUGUUGCAUUUGAAAAGAAUAUGCGAUUGUUGAGGUCAUCCGAAACGAGUCCAGUCAUGCAUUCAGACGAAAGCAUCGAACGCAGGUGAAAGGCGUUUCCUCGUUUUAUGUUUUUUUUUUUUUCCAAGAAUGUCUGAUCUCUGGUCAUUUAUUAACUCUCUUUGUUGCUAUGUUUGAACUUGCCUUCAUUUUUAAACGUGUUUCUAUCUUUUAACUAUUUGCCUUGUUUUUACCAGCUUAUAUUUACACUAACUGCUGCUUAAAGAAAUAGUUCACCUAAAAAUAACAAUUCUGUCAUCAA